AUGUCGAACUCCACCCAGGCCCAGAACAAGGAGCCCUCCGACCAGACCCAGCAGGCUCAGAAGCCCCAAGUGCUGGAGGAAGACGACGAGUUCGAGGAUUUCCCUGUCGAAGACUGGCCCCAGGAAGAAGCCGAGCAGCCCUCCGGAUCGGCGGCAAACGGCGGCAGCGAGCAUCUGUGGGAGGAGAGCUGGGACGACGAUGAUGCCGCAGAGGAUUUUUCGAAGCAGCUCAAGUGCGCUAACCCACUUGCCAUCCACAGUGAGGAACUGAAGAAGGUCGAAGCAUCGAGCUAG